AUGGUACAAGUAGAGGACGACCCCGAGGCCAAUAUACAAGACACCGUGGAGGUGUUACAAUCAUCAUCCGAAGAUACAUUUGAAGAUGGAUUCGGCAUAACUGCAGAGAAAUCCGAUCGCAGUGAAACAUGGAAUUGGGAUGAUGAUCCGAGCAAUCCUUACAACUGGCCCACAAGUCAAAAGGUAUUGCAAGUAGCGAUGAUUGGUUGGACCGUUGGGGUGUCUAUACUAUCACCUGCCCACUCGCAGUUCAUGAAAGAAUUUGGUGUUAGCAGCACUGUCGCUAUACUACCCUUGUCACUCUACGUUUUCGCCCUAGCCCUUGGUCCUGUCGUCGGAGGACCUCUUUCUGAAACUGUGGGGAGAUACCCAGUCUAUAUAGGGGCAAUAGCCCUUGGCACUUUAUUUACUCUAGGUGCUGGAUUUUGUUCCACCUUUGCUGGGCUUUGCGUUUUACGGUUCUUGGCUGGUUUCUGUUACGCACCAACACUGGCCAUUGCAGCCGGAACUCUCAAUGAGACCUUCAAACCAGUUCAACGCGCUCUUCCCUCGGCUAUCUUUAUCUUGACGCCUUUUUUGGGUCCUGGCUUAGGGCCUGUCAUUGGAAGUUUCAUAGUCAAUCGGAAAGGCUGGCGUUGGACACAGUGGACAACGAUCUUCUUCGCCAUCUUCACUGGUAUCACAGUUAUGAUUGCAAAAGAGACCUUCCACCCUAUCAUCAAGCGUCGUCGCGCGAAGGAACUCGGAUUAGAACUUCCCCCUUCACCCCCUCUUUCAUCGAAGCUACGCCUAUUUAUAACCAUUUCUCUCCUCCGCCCUAUUCACAUGCUCCUAACUGAACCCAUCGUUGGAUUCAUUUGCCUUUAUAUUGCUUGCGAAUUCGCGACACUAUUCUCGUUCUUCGCAGCCUUCCCAUUGAUCUUCCAAGGUAUCUAUCAUUUCAACAUCGAGGACUCCGGUCUUGUCUUCUUGGCUAUCGUCGUCGGAAGCAUACUAGGAACGGCAACAGUCAUAUUUUGCAACGUCUUCCUUUACCUACCAAAAGUCUCAAAGCAUCCAGACGGACAAGUACCACCCGAGUAUCGCCUCUACCCAGCACUAGUAGGUAGUUUUGGACUGCCGAUCGCAUUGUUCUGGUUUGCAUGGACCACUAGAGCUGAUGUCUCCUGGGCAAGUCCGGUUGUUGCAAUCGUCGUUUUUGCAUGGGGAAAUUUAUGUGUCUUUGUGAGCACGACGCAGUACAUCGUGGAUACCUAUCAUGGUCUCACUGUCGCAAGUGCCAUGAGCGCCAAUGGGUUGGCACGUUAUGGACUUGCAGCUGCUUUCCCUCUGUUUACCGUCCAAAUGUACACCAGGCUCGGCGCAGGGUGGGCCUCUAGCUUGCUUGGGUUUAUUGCAGUGGCACUUUUGCCUGUUCCGUGGGUCCUUUUCAAGAGUGGAAAGAGAUUGAGAGAUCUGAGUAAAUAUGAAACCGCGGAGAAUAGUUCUAAGUGA